UUCCUAGACAGCCUUCCUGGAGGGCAUCUCUGCCCAGACAGAGGCCUGGCCCAGGCUGCGGAGGCAGACAUGGCACGAAGGAGGGUUUGGGGGCGAGGGACGGAGAGGGCUUUUAGGAAUUGCUGGGGGAUGCUGGGGGUUGCAAUCCAGCCUACAGAACCAGAAGGCACUGACUUCGGGGAGAGGACUGUUCUAGAUCUUUUAGAAAUCUCUUCCCACCCCCCAACGACCAGCAUGAAGAACAUGGAGCGGGAGCUGCUUUGCCCCAUGUGCAAGGAGAUGUACAAGCAGCCUCUGGUGUUGCCCUGCAUGCAUAAUGUGUGCCACAUCUGUGCCACUGAGGUCUUGCUGCAACAGGGCUAUGUGUGUCCAGACCCUAACUCCGAGCCCACCUCACCAGCCUCCACCCCAUCCACUCGGAGCCCCCGCCUGGGGCGCCGGAUUGUGCCCAAACCAGAGCGCCUGGACCGGCUUCUGAAAUCAG